AUGGACAGCCUGCCUCAACCGCAGUCGAACACAUCUGCUUUUGAUGCCUCGACUCCUGGUUCCGUUGAUUUCAGCUUUCCGUUUGGUGGCAGUCCUCAUGGUUCUAGCAAUAGUGGCAUCGAUGCUCCCCCAGAUCUGCGCCUGAGCCAGAAUCAAGGGUUUGCUGGGCGAGGCUCCAUGCCCGCGUAUGGCAAGGUCCCGAGUCCCCAACAUCGCGCCAGCCUAGCAAGCAUUGAUUCUGCCUUUGACCGCGAUCUCUUCGGCUCAGCGGCUUUGAGUCAAUGGGCCCCAACAAACUCAGGACACCAGGCACCUAGCAAUGCCGAUUCUUCACCUCGGAUUCCAGCUAGCAUCGGCGAGCAGGAGAAGAAGUCGCAGGGCGAGGAGGAGAGGCCGCCCGCAUGGAGCGAGUUGAAGACGAAAGCAGGGAAGGAAAGGAAGCGGCUUCCCCUGGCCUGUAUUGCUUGCCGGAGGAAGAAGAUCAGAUGUUCGGGCGAAAAGCCCGCUUGCAAGCACUGUCUCCGUGCUCGGAUACCUUGUGUCUACAAGGUCACCACUAGAAAAGCUGCCCCGCGCACGGACUAUAUGGCCAUGCUGGACAAGCGGCUGAAGCGAAUGGAGGACCGUGUCAUCCGCGUCAUCCCUAAAGAUGAACUUCCCGACCUAAGCAGCACGGGUCGGGCUUCAGUGCGACCUCCAAUUCCAGGCCAGGCACCCAAGAAGGAGAAAGAACAACCCAAAAAGCGCUCCGCAGACGAAGCAUUUACCCAAGAACUUAGCGACUGGAGGAACUCCCGCGAGAAAACCACUCUCCUCGACCCGACGGCCGGAUUACGCAAACAGCGCGAGGGCGAGAACAAACUAUUCAUCGAGGGCUCAGAAUCUCUGCCACCGCAACACAUCCAAGAACACCUCGCCGAAGUCUUCUUCGAUUGCGUCUACGGCCAAUCCUACCUCCUGCUACACAAACCCAGCUUCAUGCGCAAGCUGAAGGCUGGGACAAUCCCGCCGGUGCUUAUCUUGGCCGUCUGUGCUAUUUCAGCCAGGUUCUCGACUCACCCACAAGUCUCCACCGAACCGGCGUUUCUCCGUGGGGAGCAGUGGGCGACUCCCGCGCGACGCAUUGUGGAAAAGCGUCACUAUGAACCGAACAUCACAAUUCUCACAGCAAUGCUGAUGCUGGGGCUGCAUUACUUCGGGACGUGCGAAGGCGGAUUAUCGUGGUCCUUUGGCGGCCAGGCGAUGCGGAUGGGCUACGCACUUCAAUUGCACCGAGAACUCGACCAUGAUCCUCUCGGCCGCAAUCAAAUCGCCAACAAUGCAAACGAGAGUAAGAAAGGUCCCAAGCCACCAGAGCUGUCCUUCACGGACCGCGAGAUCCGCCGUCGCACAAUGUGGGCGUGCUACCUGAUGGACACGUUCAACUCCUCGGGGACGGAGCGACCUUCAUUCCUGAAUGAAGACUACUACCAGAUCCAGCUGCCGAUCAAAGAAUCGCAUUUCCAGAUGGAAGUCCCCGGCCCGACGGAGGAUUUAUACGGCAACGUGCCCAUGUCCAACAAGUCGUCGUCACUCGAUACCGCCGCGGCCAACGAGCUUGCCGCCGAAGCAAAGGCAAACAUGGGCGUCGCGGCAUACAUUGUCCGUGGCGUGGUUCUCUGGAAACGCAUCGUCAAAUACUUGAACCUAGGCGGCAAAGACAAGGACCCCCACCCCAUCUGGGACCCAUUGUCCCAAUUCGCAACUCUGCAACGCCAGAUCAAUCAGCUGAAAUCCUCGCUGCCAGAAGACAUCACCUAUACGCCCGAGAACCUCGCAACACACACCUCCGAGCGUCUCGCGAACCAGUAUCUCUUCCUACACAUCGUGCUCGCCCAGACGAGCCUGUUCCUGCAUCGCUUCGCCAUUCCGACCAACCCAUCCCAUCGGCCCCACCACCACUACUACACCCAGCAAGGUAUGCCUAAACCGUUCCUCACGAGCUCGGCGAACAUCGUGCUCGAAUCCGCCUCACUCAUCAGCAAGCUCAUCGCCGACUCGACAGGCCACACCCUCACAGUCCCCUUUGCCGGCUAUUGCGCCUACGCCGCCGCGACGGUGCACGUGUGGGGCAUCUUUAGCAAGAACAGCGCCCUCGAACAACAAAGCAAGGACAGCCUAAGGCACAACUACAAAUACUUGACACGCAUGAAGAGAUACUGGGGCAUGUUUCACUACAUGGCCGAGAGUGUCAAGGAUAUCUACCGCGCGUUCGCGGACUCGGCGCUCCGUCAGGCUCAACACGCGCGGAACAGCGCGGGACUGCCGACCAGUAUGUUGCGACGGCACUCCUCUGCUGGCGGCCCGGGCGGGAGAAGCGGGACGCAGACGCCGAUGGACAUGGAUGCCACGGCGACGCUGACAAGCAAUACGAAUCCGCCGUCGAGGUCGGACACACCCGCAGACCCGACCAAAAGCAAAGAUGGGGAAAAGGCAAAGGCCGGGUCGAUGUUCCAGUACGGUGACUGGUUCGACAAGUACCCGCACGGGGUGUCGGAGAGCGAAUGGGAGAAGUCGCACCUCGAGUACAGGAGUGAGCACGCGCACGGCGGUGCCGAGGCCGUGAUGAGCCAACGAAGUGACUUGCAGAGUGUCGAGGAGUUCUUCGCGAGUCUCAGUCCGCCGUCCAAGGCAGAUGACACCAUCGGAAGAGGCAACAAGAAAGUCGCGAGAAGGAGGGGGAAGAGCGUGGCAGAGAACAAGAAGACUGACAAGGACGAGAAAGCCAAGGACGGAGACAAGGGGAAGGCCAGCUCUUCGUCUGCGGCCAAAGGCGCUGGUCCGUCGAUUUCUGGUCAAGAUCCGCAAAGGCGACAAUCCACGUCGCAAACACUAACGGACCAGCGCCUUUCCAAUACAGCUGGCGACCUCAACUUGAAUAUCCACCUCAACCAACCCUUCGACCUCUCCAGCUUCGACAUCACCUCGCCCUCGCUGUAUCAAAACACGCAAUUCCCCGAUCCCUACAACUAUGGCAACUCUCCGACGUCUCCCCAGUUCGGCGGCAACCUUCAUUUUCUUUCGACGUUGCCGGCAAUUGAUCGGCAGAUGGUAUAUGGCGCAGCUUAUGGCGGCGGCCUCGAUCCCUCCAUAUCGAACAACCACGGCAGCCAUAACGCCUCCUCAGGGCUCAACAACCUCGGCUCUCCUCCAAUCGGCAAUUUUGCAAGCACAAAUCCCUGGGAUCAGUUGGACUUGACCACAUAUGGUUUGAACGACCCUUUUGCAGGAGGGCACGGGACGAUGGACACCAGUUCGUCAGCUUGGUUGUUGCCUUUCAACAUUGAACCGCCGAGCUUUGGGGGUAGUGGCAUGGAGGAGUUCGGAAACACCGCGCUCGAUGGAAUGGAUCUGAGUGAUCUUGGUCAGGGAGGCGGAAGCGACGUCGGUGGACAGUUUGGAGACCAAAACUCUGGGACUGGUGGACAGACGUGA